CAGACAAGAGAUGAUCUCCCAGCUCCUCUGGGAGCUCUGCUCAGACAAGAAGCCAGCAGCACCAAGAGGAGGAAGAGUCUGAUGCAAGAUGGGCUCCAAGUGCAUGGGGACAGCUCUCUAGCAGCCUGGGUGCUGUGAAGGGAGCUCAUGUUCUCCUCAGCAGCGUGUGGGCUGAUGCUUUGCCACUCCACACACCUACUUCCUGCAAUCCUGGCAAUUACCAAUAGUGUAAAACCCAGUUCCUGACGUGGCUGACUCAGCAAGGGCUUGGCUCAAAACAAAUCCAUACGCACAAGGAACUGCAGCCUGGAAGCAGUGACAGGAGGCACAUGAAGAGAAAGAGGCACUGGGGAUUUUCGGUGUUCCGGGUCCAACCUGGCUGAGCUGUUCCUGGACUUGCUUCUCCCAACGUCCCAGUGCUGGUGAACGUGGUAGCCUCAGCUCUCCGAGUGCUUCAGCAGUCUCUCCUCUCCGCCUGUUGGACUCAGGUGCUGCUCCACUACAGUCUACAGGAACAGGGAAGGAAGAGGUUGUUCCUGUUGUGCCGCUUGCUGCUGAUCCUGCGACUUGAGUCCAGCACCCGCCUGUCAGGAGUCAGCAGCUUCCUCCUGCUCCUCUCAUCAGCAUGGAUACUUGGAGGAGAGGGUCCAUUAAAUCCACAACGUUCUUCAGACGGUUCUCACUGAGGAGACACAAAAAGCUGGGCAACCAAGUCAUCCUCCUCAACCAGAACAGCCACACUCUGGACAGUGAUGGACAGUGCCAGAAGAGGGAAUGCUUGAGGGAUCUGAAGGACAAGUCUGAUUACCUGUCAUGUCAGAGUGAGCAAAACCUAGCCAAGGCACAAGCCCCCCCCAAGCCUCCCCGGCUGUACCUGGACAGUUCUAGCUGCCCCAACAUCAUCGACCACACAGAUUCGCACUCUGACAUCUCCUUUUCUGAUGCUCCUCAGUACCAUAAAGCCACUCAAACUCAAUUCCACAAGGACCAGGCUACAGACUAUGGGACCUCAGAGACAGGUUCCCAGAACGGCACCACUCUUUCUGACCUGUCUGACCCCUUCCUGUCCUUCAAAGUGGAUUUGGGGCUAUCGCUUCUCGAGGAUGUUCUGCAGACCCUCAGGAAACAGAAUCCAAGAGAUUACACCAUUUGAAGGUAUUUACCAUUUAACAUAUCCCAUUUCUUUACUGCUGCUGCCAGUUUCUCCAGUCCUAGCAGGAGGAAGCAGGCAGCAUUCCUGUUGUGUAGCCUGUUUUGGUGUUCUCACCUCACCCAUCACAGACUGUCCCUGUUCCUGUCCUUGCCACAGAGCUCUUCAGAGCGGAGCUCGCAGGCUCCCUGCUCAGAUGACAGCACUGUCUGCUGGAACCUUGUGGGCAAGGUCCCAUUCUCCACACUGGGAAUUCCCUGUUCCUGACUGUGCAUCUCCUCCUUGUGGAAGAAUGGCAUUGUUUGGCAAAAGACUUGUUUUGGGGAUAUGCUGUGACUCUGCAGAGCAUGGACAGAAAGGGAUAUGGCACCAUCCUCUGUGGAUAAGCAGCAGCUUGCAAGGAGACAGCAGCAUUGCAUCUCAAAGCCAUAGUUACGGCAAGGGUCAGAGACACAAACUGGUCUUUCUCCUCCCACCACAUUUGGAUGUGAAUGAGAUCAAAGCUGUUCUUCCUUUUCUUCUUCCUUGUGGGUUUCUUUCCCCCUAACUCAAGUGCAGUCGGUACUGCCAGCCUGGAAACAGGUAAGCAUCCACACAGGCUUGUAACACAGCAACAGCAGUGUAUUUAUCCUACUAGCAGGAGAAGAGCUUUCUCUAGCUACUGCUGCUUGAAGCAUGCACUGAUCUAUCAGCUGUACAGAUAUGGAAGAAUAAAUGUAUCUGUGACUGGAA